UAACCGGAAGCGUAAAUUGAACGUUUCAGCGCCAUUGCUCCAACAAAACCUAAACAAAAACAAUUAUUGAAAAUCCAGUUCAAUCUGCAGAUUUGCUGCUAAAUUUGAUUUGACUUUUAUAUAGCUCAAUAGAAGAAGAAUAAAUAUGUCUAUAGGUGUGCCAAUUAAAGUGAUGCAUGAGGCAGAAGGGCAUAUAGUUACAUGUGAAACGACUACCGGCGAAGUUUACAGAGGAAAACUAGUAGAAGCUGAAGACAAUAUGAACUGUCAAAUGGCGAACAUUACUGUUACAUAUAGAGAUGGGCGAGUAGCACAAUUAGAAAAUGUUUACAUUCGCGGCAGCAAGAUCAGGUUCAUGAUUCUGCCAGAUAUGUUGAAAAAUGCACCCAUGUUCAAAAAAGUUCAAGGCAAAGGGCAGUCUGCUGGUAGAGGGAAAUCUGCAAUUCUUAGAGCUCAAGCUGCAAGAGGACGUGGUCGUGGUGGAGGUGGUGGCGGUGGAAGAGGACGUGGUGGCCCAAUGUUCAACCGAAGAUAGAAAAUUGUGAACACUUGUGCAUCAUUUCAUACAAAGGACAGCAACUAUCCAUGUUCAUUAAUGAACUAAAAUACAUUAACAUGUUAAAGUGGAGACAAGUUGACUAACAUUGUCAGCAUUGUUGUUGUAGAUAUUGUUUUAAUAUGUGGAACUGUGAUUGUGUGUGUGACUGAAAUAAUUUGUACGCUGAUGUGUAUGUUGUCAUUGAAGGUAGAAUUUGUGAAAUGUUUUAGACCAAUUAUUCCAUUUUCAUCACCAUCACAUUCGUGAACUUUUUCAUGGCUCAGUUUUCAAACUGAUGCCUUGUUGGUUUUAGAUAUUCCAUUAAAAAGUUCUUGUGAAGUGGUUAAUGUCCUGAUCUAAAGCAGUUUGUGAAGUAAAAACAUUUCAUAUAAAAGUUUCUCAUUGAAUUUUUUCAGAAACGGUAAUUUAAAAAAGUACAUUUUAUUACUUACAAUAGUAUAUAUUGUUUACUGUUGAACUUCAACUAUAUAUUAGCGGAUGUAAUAAUUGAUGGUUGGAGCAAACUGUUCCGUUUUAGUUCAGUACAGGGAUUUGGAAUGUAGCAAAAAGUCUGCAGUUUAACUUUUGAAUUUAAGAUUGUUCCAAUAAUAAGUAUAGUGAAAUGAUAAACAAUUAUGUGUUCAUUUGAAGUUACAUUGUACUUCUAUGUAAGGUUUUUAUGACCUGUAUGCAGAUUGAAAGAAAAUGUUUAGAUUGAUUUUUCACUUUUUAUUGAUAACUGAGGUUUCAAUAUAUAGUGUAAGGGAAUAGACCAAAGUUUUUAUGUUGGUAUUUUUUCUCCUGUAACUUGAUCACAAUGAUUGUAGAUAUGGUAAGAUCAUGGUAGAAUCUUGAUCAAAAUAAAAGUAACUGAAACAUUA